AUGCUGUGUAAAGACACGGCGUCCCACCAAGGUAUUGACACGUUCGACCUACCUAGGUUCGUUGUGCAACACGGUGGUCCGACUGCAAUUUGCGCCUCAUUGGCGGGAUGCAAGGAUAUUCCCGUCUUCAAAACCUCGGACGGGACUCUCACCCUAUCACCCUAUUCCUUCUUUCUUAUUUUCCCUCGCCUUCUUCCCCCAGAUCGCAUGUUUGCCAUUAUCUGCUUUGGAAAGGGACCAUCAGUCGAACAAUGUCAUCUGCAUAUCUUCAUCCCUUUCAGUCGAACUGGAAUGCUUCAGUGGAAGCCGGUUGAACUGGGGCGCCGAUGUCUUUCUUUAGCAAUCGUCAGCAACCGGCGCUUGUCCCGGAUCCAACGGCCUUGUUUGCGCAUUCCUCGAGGCGCCGUCUUCGUAAUGGGCCGCCAGCUGUGUCUGUCUAGGUGCGGAGCCUCGCUGCAUGCUGCCACUGACAAUGUCGUUGCUCCCAUGCGGCGUGCACGCCUGAGGGAGCUGUGAGGAUUCUGUGUGAGUGUCGGACCUCACCACACGGACACCUGCAUACCAUGUAUCAAUCUUCUUCAUCUUCACCUUACAUUUGUGCACAGGCACUCAGGCAGGGACAACCACAGGACCCACUCCGCUCAAUUCCGUCUUUCAAUUUCCUAUCUGGGUACGUAUCGCUUCACCGAAUAGACCGCACCUUACAGAGUACCUACCCAGAUAUCUAUUCCUGUUUGUCGAUUGUUCAUCAACCUCUUACAGACAACGUCGUCGAAAAAUCUUCUGUGGCGGGAAGAAUAAGAAGAAGAAAAGAGACAAAAAGACAAUACCAUGGUCUUCAACUGUUCGAGCAUGUUCUCCACAUCAGCCGUCUUGGUCACCUUUGAUCACAUCAGCCCUGGUCCCCUUGGCGGAACCUCUCCGAGCCAUCUGCCAAGAUUGGCUG